AAGGAUGUAAUACAAUACAGUGUGCCAAUGAAGGGACUUGUUACAUGGACAAUCAGAAAGCUAAGUGCAGAUGCCCAGACCGAUACUCUGGCGACCGUUGUCAAACCGACGUGUGUUUGAAUCACUGUCUGAAUGGUGCUACUUGCACUGCUUUACGAGGUCAGCCAAUAUGCAGCUGUACGGAUCGUUAUGAAGGGCUACGAUGUAAACGGGAUAAGUGCAAUGGAUUCUGUUACCAUGACAGCAAAUGUGAAAUAUUGAAUGGUCAACCUUCCUGCAUCUGUGAGGGUACAUAUGGAGGGAGCAGAUGCCUUCGUGAUUUGUGCGACAAUUAUUGCUACAACAGUGGAACAUGUGAGGUGAACAGUGUGUCUAACGACAGAAAACCUGUGUGUCAUUGUUCAUCACCGUAUGGAGGGGAGAGAUGUGAGAAGAACUUGUGUAAGGAUGUUGUCUGUUAUAAUGAUGGAGUUUGUGAGUCUCUUGAUGGUGAAUCAGCUCAGUGUUCUUGUAAACCUCUCUUCUCUGGAACUUCCUGCCUCGAUGACCUGUGUGAAGGAAUUUGUCAGAAUGGUGGUGUAUGUUUUGACAAUGAUGGUGCAAUAAACUGCAAUUGCACUGAAGAAUACGGUGGUCGUUAUUGCGAUCAUGCAAAAGCCCACCCUGAUGAAUGUGAAUGUAAGCAUGGAGAUUGCGUUUAUGAUAAAACGUCAGAAACGAAGAUGGCAGUGUGCAAGUGUUAUUUUGGAUGGGAAGGUCCUAGCUGUGAAUACAAGUCUUGUGAAGGAUACUGUAAAAAUAGCGGUACAUGUAGCAAGACAAAUAAUAAACUGAAAUGCAGCUGUACAGCUGAGUUUUCUGGAAACCAAUGUGAAUUGAAAAAAGCAUCAGAAGAGUUAUGUGAACACUUGAAUUGUGGUCUUUAUGGAAUCUGUGUUCACACUGAUGGAGGGGAUGUUGUCUGCCACUGUAAUGACGAUUGGGACGGGUCGAAUUGUGAUCAACCCAUUCAUGGAACAGCUGAUGAACAAAAAAGUUCUGAUUCAUCAACAUCCAUUGCUGUAGCAGUACCCAUAAUAUUACUCGUUAUUGUAAUCAUUAUUAUACUUGGAAUAAUACUGUACAGAAGAAGAGCAAGUCAAUAUCAAGGAUUCCAGCAUAAACGUAUGAAGAACGGUGGAGGAGCCACAAAUGUUGAAAUUGGAAAUCCAACAUUUUUAUACGACCAAACAGAAGAUGAUGAUGGUGCCCCGGAUUUACUUGAUACAGGAUUUAAUCUAGACCCAGAUAAGCCUACCAAUUUCUCAAAUCCUAUGUAUGACACGCUAUACUCUGGUGGUCCUAGCGCCUCCUCUUCACUCGCAAGUCUUGAAGAGAAAAAAGAAAAUUUACUUUUAAAAACAGAAGAUGAAACAACGCCACUAAACCCGAAUGAUGGCGAAGAUGGUGAUCCGAAUGAUGUUGAUCCAGAAAAUCCGAAAGAGAGCUCGCCAAUUUUAUGCUGAUUUCAGAGUAUCUUCACGCUCUUAUACAUAUCUACAAAUGAAUGUACAAAAUAUUGGGAGUUUGGUCAGAACAGAACGUUGUUUUUUUUCUCAUCAUGGGAUUUGAUGACUAUAUAAAGU